AUGGGCAACAACUGGAAAAUCCUGGGUAGCGAAUUGAACGAUCCUGAUGUCGCUAAGGGCCUCGAGAACUCUCUCAACGGACUCAUCAUCGGUGAAAAAGACUACGACUCUGUUCUCAAGGGCUUGAAGUACCCGGAGUUUUUGCAAAAGACCACUGCUGAGAAGGCUGGAACCUACGAUAAUCAGCCUAACCCGGGCCAUGAGAAGAAUGACAAAGGUCAUUUGGGUGACCCACUGUUCAAGAAUUUGUUUCCCGAAGGAAAGCAAAUUGAGAAGUUUGAUUUGUCGCCAAACUUUGGUACAGAGAUCGAGGGAGUUCAACUCAGUGAGUUGAAUGACGCAGCUAAGAACGAUUUGGCUCUUUUCCUUGAGACCAGAGGCUUGGCAGUCUUCCGCAAGCAAGAUUUCAGAGACAAAGGACCAGGCUUUGCUACUGAGUUUGGUAAGUAUUUCGGACCAUUGCACAUCCAUCCAGUCAGUUACUCGGCACAGGGCUAUCCUGAGAUCUUCACCACCAUUCGUAAAGGUGGCGAUGGCUCACGCUACGAUGCAGUUUUCCAACGUAAGUCCAAGGACAUUGCCUGGCACUCGGACAUUAGUUUCGAGGAAUACCCGGCCUCGUUCUCUUUCUUUGUGGCUUUGGAGGCACCACCAUCUGGAGGUGACACUGUAUUCAUUGAUUUGAGAGAAGCUUACAGACGUUUAUCUCCAUCCUUUCAAAAGUACUUGGAGACUUUGACCGUCGUGCACUCCAACUUGUACCAGAGAAAGGCCGCUGAGAUCAGAGGUCAAUUACUUAAAAUUAAAGACGUUUCGACUCAUGAACAUCCUUUAGUUAGAACACACCCUGUCACUGGUGAAAAGAGUUUGUACUUUUCUAGAGGAUUUAUCCAAAAGAUCAAGGGCUUGAAGUCUGAGGAAUCUGAUGCUAUCUUGAGUUUCUUGGAAGACCACGUUACCAACAACCCUGAGUUGCAAGUCAGAGCUAGCCACAGAGGCACGGAGUCUGGAACCGUGAUCGCUUGGGAUAACAGAUUUUUGCUCCACACUGCUACCAGUGACUUCCUCCAAUAUGCGACUGGACCACGUCACCACUUUAGACUCACUGUGCUUGGUGAGAAACCCUACUUGGCUGAAGAGAACAAGCAGAAUGAAUCUGAAAAUGAACGUCCAAGGGCUUACUAG